UUUCCCGCCAAAUUCUAAAUUAUUUUAGAUCGUAAACGACACUACUAUUAUACCUCAAAUUAUGAAAGAUGGAAAGUGGUUCCUACAGCUAAAUGAUAUAAUUUAACUCGAUAUCAAAUGUUGGGCUAUCCCAAGUAUGGAGCUUAAUGACCAUCCACUCUAUGGUAAAAGAAAGAAACGGAGACCAGCCUGUGCAAAUCCACUGUUUUUGCAAUGGCUCACAGAAUGGAGAGAGGAGGCUGCAGGAAAAGGCUUGAAGACACAAUUUGUAUAUGGCAAGGCCAUCAAGUCUUUGAAGAGUUACCCUCUACCUUUGGCUACAGGAAAGGACUGCAAGAUGUUGGAUAAUUUUGGUGAUAAAACUUGCAAGUUGAUUGAUGAAAAGUUAGCUGAACAUAUAGAGCUGAAUGGAUGUGUUGUGCCACCAGAGCCUGUGGAUGUCCCAAGAAAGGCUAAAUCAAAGAAGACUAACCAUACUGUACCGAGUAACUCCACACAUCUGGGCAACAAUUCUAGACCUGUACCAGUUGUUACAGCUACAGGAAGUGUUAAUCUGACAAAUGUACCUGGAGAUGAGGAUUUGACCGUUACACCACCUCCAAAGAGAAUUGCUCGUCCCCGCAGUAAGAGUGGAGAAGGAGACUACAUACCAGCCUACCGGUCAGGAGGUUAUGCCAUCAUGCUGGCAUUGUACAGGGACACACAGGACCCUGGUAGUAGAGGUUACCUUUCAAGGGCAGAUCUCAUCAGGAAGGCUCAACCUCUGGCUGAUAAAUCAUUUACAGUUCCAGAUGCAGGUUGCCGUUACACAUCCUGGUCCUCCAUGGGCACUCUCAUCAAAAAGGCCCUUGUCAUCAAGGAGAGCAAUCCAGCCAAGUAUAGUAUCACAGAUGCUGGAUGUGAGCUGGCACACAAACUGGAGAUGGUAGGAGCAGACGGUCAUGUGUCCAUUACAGGAGGCCAGACACAAGCCAGUGAUCCAAGAGAUGUGUUUUCAUUGGGCAGUCCCAGUAGGCUAACUGACCACCACACCACCAGGGAUACUGGUGUCAAAUCUAGCUUUGAGUUUGUGUACGUUGAUGAAACUAACAAGCCAGUUAUGACAAAAGAUAAAGCACAAGUUCUUGUGGAUGAUGACUUCGGGAUUGGGUUUUUAGUGCACUGUGACUACCAUGGAUUACUGACCAGUGGGAAGUUAUAUAAACUGGACAUGUCCAGACCUAUGGGUGACAAAGUGUAUGCCCAUCUUCAUGACAAUGAUGCCCCUGACAGAGCGGUUGAACUUGCUGCCCCGCCCAGAUUGCCUGCCCUUCAGUUAUCUGAUGAUGAAGACGGUGACGAUGACAUCUGUAUGGUAUCUCUGGGAAAUCCUCGGUUAACCUCAUUUGAUAAUGAACCUAUGACCAGACCAGCUGAACCAAACGUUGUCCGUCCUACAGUUAUGGCAGAUUCCACCACUGGAAAGAAAACAAAGUCCAGGGCCAGAAGCAAACCUACCAAGCCGACAUCUGUAAAACUAUCUGCCGCGGCCUCCCAUCCACAUCUACCAAUUGCAAGCCUCAUCGAUAAACUGCCCACCUGUCCAGAGUCCAGUACAAUGACAACAUUACCCAGUUCCCAGGAGUCACAAGAGUCCCUAGGGUCCAUUCGUAGUAUAAGCUCAUUGUCAUCUGUGUCCAGCUUACCCCAGCCUGAUUUUAUCCUCACACCAGGAAACUUUGACAUCAUACUCUGCAUAGACAACCAGGAGUUCUAUGGAGGAGGGAAAAAUGGCAGUAAGACGUUGCUCCCAGACCUGAUGAAGAAUGGAGUGAAUUGUGACUUGCGGAAACUUCAAGUAGGUGAUCUUCUGUGGGUCGCAAGGGAGAAAACAGCUGGGGUUACAGGGAAGGGGAGAGAACUUGUGUUGGACUACGUGGUGGAGAGGAAGAGGAUGGACGACCUGGUUCACAGCUGUAUAGAUGGUAGACUGCCAGAUCAAAAGUUUCGGUUGAAACAUUGCGGGAUCAAUAAUGCUAUAUUUCUGAUUGAGAUGUAUGGCUCCAUGCAACAUUUCAGUAUAGCUGAGGAUCGGAUAAAACAGACCAUCACAAACUUACAGAUUAUUGAUGGAUUCCAAAUAAAGCGAACAGGCAACACAAAAGAAUCCGUGUCCUAUCUUACUAUGAUGACACGCUACAUCCACAGUUACUAUAGGAACAAGACUUUGUAUGCUACCAGUCCAGAUGACCUUCAAGGCAAAGGUCACAUCAAUGAUGCGGAACAAAGACUUCUGACCUUUGAACAGUUUAAUCAGGGCUCUGUCAAAUCCAAGGCACUGACUGUCAGAGAAAUGUUUGGGAAGCAGCUAAUUCAGCUGAAUGGAAUGUCUGCCGAGAAAGCAAAGGCUGUUACUGACAAGUAUACCACACCAUCCGAUAUCCUGGAGGCAUAUGAUAAUUGUCACAGUGUAAAGGAAAAGGAAAAUCUGCUGAAUAACAUCAAGUCCGGAAAGGCCAUGAGAAAUCUUGGACAAUCUUUGAGCAAACAGAUAUGUCAGUUGUACUGUACUCAACAAGCUCUUACUUGACAACCAUCUACAAUUUUAAUGGUGUGUCCACACCUGAUAUUAAUCUAUGCUGAGGACAUCAAUUAACUGCUCUCCAUUCUGUUGAAGACAUCUGUUCUACGGAUACGAAACGUUACAGAAAUGAAGCUAUUCCAACUACCAGUCAAAUUGGAAAAUAUCUGAUAAUCAAAGGAAGAUUUGCUUUAUUCAGUUCCACACUGUUUGGACAGUGAUUUCAGUUGUUAAGGAAAGUCUUUCCUUUGUUAUUUCUCAACUUGUGUCAUACUGAUUUUAUACAAAAUAUGCCAUUUUGUAUAACUUCCACCUCUCAGGUUUGUAGCAUUGAAUAUUCUUCAAUUUGUUUUGUUCGAAAUCUAAAAUUCUUAUGUUAUUGAAUAUGCUAUAUCUAUAACACAUCUUUAGAUAUUGAUACAAUUUGUAUUUUUUACUCCUGUAUUUUUUUAAAUUGUCUCUGUCAAAAAUAGUUUUUAAUGUCUUAAUUAUUUUAGUAUGAGUAGGAACAUUGUAUACCUGUGAUUUCAUCAUUAACAAAGCAUGAACUCAAUAUUAACCAAUAUACAAUAAAAGAUUUUAAUAACUGUUUAAUGGCAAUGACACUCAGUAUAAACACUGCAAAAUAUCAUAACGAGAGAUGAUACUAACUAUCAUAGCAAGAGAUGUGGUUGUGAGUAAGAGUUAGAAGGAACAAAACAAUUGUAAUAUUCAACAUUUUAGAAAGUAAGUAGAGCAAGGACAAAAAAUGUUUAUAUGAAGAGUUUCCUCAAUUUGGAUCCCAGGAGAUUGAAAUGCAAAUUCAUUGAAGAGAUCAUAGUUGUAAGUGUAUGAAGUUUUGGGACAAUCAGGUAUAGUUAAUGAAGUCAGUGGAGUGAGGUUGUCAAACAUUUUAUUUAUACUAACAUUGACUUCAUUUUUAACCCCAGGUGGCUUAAACACAAACUUUUUCUAGAUAUGUGGAUCAUUAAUACAGAUGGUAGAGAAAGGACAUAGUUUGAUAAAUGCUUACGUAUAUACGAGUCUAUAAUAAGAUACAUGUAUGUUCAUGCUUUAAUAUUACAUACAGAAAGAGGUAUAAAAUGGUUGUAGGUUGAAUAUACCUACAUCCCCUUUCUUACUCAUUGCAAGAGGGUAAGGGAUCUGGAAAAUCUGUAUGAUGAUGGGACACUUCAUGUAACAGAUAAAGGUUCUUCAGUGUCUGUUCAUACAGUUCACAUACUGUUCAUACUGAUUUUAUCUAUAUCAGAAUAAAUCAUAAAGAUAAUGCUUUAUAUGUGAAGAUGAGGUAGUAGAAUGAUUGUAGGAUUCUGUUUAUAUGUACGUGUUUCAGGUGCCAUAAGUCAUCAUUAUCAUACUACAUCAAUCAUUCGUAAAAUUAUGUUACUGGAUCUAGAGUGGUAUAUUGUUUAGGACUCUCCAACAGUAACUAAAGUCUUUCACAGAUUGUAUGCAUGACUGCUGAUUUUGUUUCCUGUAAGAGUCAAAAUUCUUCAACUGAUGAAUGUGUUCAUUUUGUAAUUGCGGUCAAUAGAUCAGUAAUUUUGAUAGGUUACUAUUUCAAUGUAUAAGAUUCAUCAUUUCGUAUUGUACCUUUCUUCCAUUUAAUCAGUAACUUGUUACUUAUGUUAGAUUAGUACAUAUUUCGUUAAGGUCUGCAAUUCCAUGUUCAGUACCUGAAAUUGUUAUAGAUUUCUCAGUAGAUUGUUUCUAUUGACCGACUCAUCAUGUAUUGGAUAUUAUUUAGUUCUGUGUUCAUGUCUAUAAUACAUGUACAUAUAUAAAGUGUAUAAUACAUCUAGUCAACACAUCAGAAGUAUAACUAGUAUUUGUACAUGAUAACUUUUAUGGUGAACAUUCAGACAGGGAAAAUAUUCCUGUUGAUGAAUUCAAAUAAACAGUAAAUCAACUUC